AUGGUUGGUAGUGUAUAUUGUUGGGUGAUGGAGGGUGGAACCGGUGGUGAAGUUGCUGUAAUCGCUGAAAUCGAUGAUAAUGUUGUCGUCACUGAUGAGGAGGGUGGUGGUGGUGUAGUGGUCGCACUUGCUGUUGGUGACGUAUUUUCGAAAAUGAUAAAAUUAUUGACUUGUAUCAUUUUGUUAUUAUGUAUUUCCUUCACCAGUUCUCAAAAGUGUAAGGUCACCAUUGAAGGAAAUUCAUUUGACUUGUCACCAUUGAUUCAUCAUCCAGGAGAUGAGGAUUAUACUUAUACAUCUCAAGAAGGAGCGGUUUUCUACUUGAAUAUUUGUAACGAUACUGUUGGAAUGAAGAAUCCAUGUGGUAAUGAUUCUCCUGCCUACAAGUAUAAUCCAACCACUCAGCAGUGCACAAUGUUGGGAACUGGAAAUGAGUUCUACUCUUUGCACACUAAUGAGAAUGGUGAUAUCAUUGGUUUGAUUGUUGAAUAUAAAAACGGUGACAUGUCUGCACGUGUUGGUCAGAGAAAUCACGUCACCUACCUUAUGACCUGUGGUACAAGCGUUGGUACUCCAAAAGUUGUAGAGAUCUCAGAGUACAUCCACACAGUGGUUCACUGGCAAUCCGAAUACGCAUGUUCAACUCGAUCAAGAGUUAAUAUCAAUCGUCGUUUUUAA